AUGAAAGCAUUCCUAUCACAAUUCAUCGCAGGUUGCAAAUGCAAGAAGCCUUCAACUUAUCUUUUCACGUUGAAACAAAGACAAACUGAAUCUCUCGGGGAUUAUAUCAUUCGAUUCAACCACGAAAAGUUGACCGUUGAUGACCCUAAGGAAGAUUUAGUCUUUGCUGCUCUCUUAAAUGGGAUCCUAGCCAGAGGACUGUUAAUGAGAGAUUUAGCCCAAAGAACUGUUGCCUCACUUUCAAAACUCAUGAAUAAGAUAGAAGAGUUUAUCAAUGCGGAAGAUACAAUGAAAGCCUUGCUAGAAUCUAGGCAGGUUCCCGAGACAGAGUCCAGAGGAAAGCGAAAGGACAAUCGAGAAGAAGGGAGAAAAAUCCCAUAUAAAGUCACUAAGAAGAUGGAGGUAGUAGUUCCCCUAAGAAUGAUAGCGCCUCAGGGAGAACCGAUUUACAAUCGAUUGAAUUCUAGUAUAGCUCGAAUCUUCAUGGAAAUCCGAGAAGACCCGGAGUUAACUUGGCAACCAAAAAUGCUAACUCCUGCCAACAGGAGGUCUCGGAAUCGAUAUUGUGAAUUUCACAAUGAUCAUGGCCAUAACACGGAAGAGUGUGUCAACCUACGUUUUGAGAUAGGAAAGAUGAUAAAGAAUGAGAAAUUAAUCCGCUUCCUUGCCGAUCAACAACAACAAAGGCCUCGACAGGAAUGGAAUCCACCGCGAGAUCGCUAUCCUCCAAGAAACAAUUAG